UUCUUUCAUUAUUUUUUUUUGGGGGACUUUAAGGCCUGAAUAUUUAAUAUCCAAAAUAUUCGUGAUUUCCAACGGUUGGCAGUUUUUGUGCCCUAGGUAUUGAAAAUCCAAGAAAAUUGAAAGCUUGGAAAUUGGCAGUAGUUUUCCAAAGUUCCAUUUCCAUAUUAAAACGUGUUUUUUUGGUUUUCUCGGUAUCCAACCCAUAGAAAGAAUUCAUUGAGCGAACCUUUUUGAAAAUCUAUGGGUGGAUGAACUUGUACGAAUGUUAUGGAUGAUAUAAUUAAGUGGUAAAAUAGUGGGAGGGGGUGUGGCGUGCAGAUUAGCAUUUUGUCGUCGUCGGCUUGGGGUUUAGUUAUUAACGAGCAAAAGCAUAGUGGGUGAGUGAUUGAUUGGCACAUGGGCGGGAUGGACGAUGAUGAAUGCGCUAUCCUUUCCUCCGUCCUUAUUUUAUGGAAAAUUGCUUCAUGUGGGCGCUUGGACCGUGUUUUGUUUUUGCAUAUUCGGUCCCGUCCAUUUGCAAAAAAAAAAAAAACAAAUAUAAACUAGAAUUAUUUAGUUUUUAAAUUUUAUUUAUUUUUUAAUAUUCAUUAUCUCUAUAUUAUAGAUGGGAAAGAUUUCUAUACUUCUUUUACGGCAUAGAUCUAUACUUCUCCUACCAUCCAACCGUUCAAUUUGGUCAAGAGAGACACUCACCGUUUGAUCUUAGAUCUGACGUCUCAAAGUAUUUUUUUUUUAUACAAAUCGUAUGAAUAUGAAAUUUAGCUUUUCAUUGGAGCGCAUCUAUAAAAAUAUUAAAAAUAAUUUUUCAACCAAAAUUCUUGUUGAAACUUUUAGAAUUAUUUUGAUCAUUUUAUUUUAUGAUUGGACGUAUAAAAUUUGAUAUCAAAAUAGUUUAUAGAAUAAAUUAAAAAUAAAAUAAUGUGGAGGCCUCUAGGGUUGGACAAGGCGAAAUAUAUAAAUUUAAUGUUGCGGAAGAAAGCUUGCCCGUUAGAGAUUACAUGGCCGCAUAGAAACGAAACGAUGGACGGUAAGUAUCACGUGCUGGAAUGUGCGAUAGACGGUAAGUAUCGCGUGCUAAAGAAAGGAAGGAGAGAGAGAGAGAGGUGGUGGGUGCUAAAGAAAGGAAGGAGAGAGAGAGAGAGAGGUGGUGGGGCCAGGGGUGGUGUGGUGUGGUUGGGAAUGGGAACAGACGUCGUGCGCUCCAAGAUGGAGGUGGGCCCGGCCCCGUUUUUAUUGUGGUUGGGGGGAGGCAACAAAACUCUUCUGUUUGGUCUUGGGCGGGGGCGGGGGCGGAGCGAGCGAGUGAGUGAGGAGGAAGGUGGAUGAGCUCUACCUCCUCCGCCAUUUCCUAUUCUAUUGAGAGGGAGAGAUCAUCCUUUAUUAUUUAUUGAAAGAGGGAGGGAGGGAAGGAAAGAGAGAGACAUGCGGAUAGCGAUGGGAAUGUGGAGGCUAACGCUGGGAGCGGCUGAGCUAGCGGUGACCUCCGUCGUUCACAUGACCUAUGCCAUGUAUGUCUUCAGCACUGCCCUCGCCCGUGACCUCUCUCAAUCUCUCAACCACAAAACCCGCCCUCUCUCUUUGAUGAUCACCGGAUCAUGGGGAAGCUCAGCAGAAAACCUAGGUAACAACAACAAUGCCGUGGUUUUGCCUGCUGAUACUGGUGGGGAACUCUCACCAAUCGUCCUCAUACAUGGCAUUUUCGGCUUCGGUCAGGGGCGGCUUGGAGGCCUUUCCUAUUUUGCAGGGGCUGAGAAAAAGGAUCAAUGCGUUCUCGUUCCAGAUCUCGGCUCACUGACCAGCAUAUAUGAUCGGGCACGGGAGCUGUUCUACUAUCUGAAAGGAGGGAAGGUAGAUUAUGGAGAAGAUCACAGCAAGUGCUUUGGACACUCCCGGUUUGGCAAGGUUUACGAUGGAGGGCACUACCCCAAGUGGGAUGAGAACCAUCCGGUGCACCUUGUUGGUCAUUCAGCUGGAGCCCAAGUGGCCCGUGUGUUGCAGCAGAUGCUUGCAGACAAGGCCUUUGAAGGAUACCCCAACACAUCGGCUGAUUGGGUUUUGAGCGUCACCUCCUUGUCCGGUGCUCUCAAUGGAACCACCCGCACCUACUUAGACGGCAUGCAAGCCGAUAAUGGGAAAUGGAUGAGGCCAAUUUGCUUGUUACAGUUGUGUCGGGUUGGGGUAAUAUUGUAUGAAUGGUUGGAGAUGGGGUGGCUCAAGUCCUAUUACUCCUUUGGCUUCGACCACUUCAACUUGGGAUGGAGGACUUGUGGUGUCACGGGGCUGCUGGACCGCUUAGCUGGAAACAGUGGCCCAUUCGCUUCAGGAGACUGGAUUCUGCCUGACCUCACCAUUCAGGGAACCCUCCAACUCAAUGCCUCCCUCAACACCUUUCCGAACACCUUCUACUUCAGCUACGCCACCAAGAAAACGACCAACCUCAUGGGCCUCACCCUCCCCUCCUCCAUCCUCGGCAUCCAUCCUCUCCUUUUCAUCAGAGUCCUCCAAAUGACCCAGUGGCGCCACCCUCCCCACUUCCCUCCUCCCUACAAAGGAUACAGGGAUGAGGACUGGCAUGACAAUGAUGGGGCUCUCAACACAUUCUCCAUGACUCACCCUCGCAUCCCUUUAGAACACCCCAGCACAUUCGUUGAGGAUGACUCAAAAUGCCACCCUCUUCAACCAGGCAACUGGUAUUACAAAAUAGUGGAAGCAGAUCACAUUUUGUUCAUUGUGAACAGGGAGAGGGCAGGAAUGCAGUUCGACUUAAUAUACGACAGCAUCUUCCAGCGGUGUAGAAAGCACAUACACACUACCACCACCAGGCACAAAGCCACUACCAUCACCACCCUGUCCCAAUGAUACUUGGGACAGAAACAAACUCUCUCUCUCUCUCCAAGGAUAGAGAUAUAGAUAAAUAGACAAAACCUUUUUAGGGCGGAGACCGCCACUCAUCUAUCUCCCCACAAAGCUCUCCGACUCUCCCUCUGUAGUCAAAGCCCCAAAGAGAAACCUUAUACAUCCAAUCCCAUGAUAAGCAUAUUAUAUUCCUUUACUUUGUUACAAGGUAGGGAAAGGACAUCUAACCCCACCUACAAACAAGUUUAUCCAAUCUUACUCCAAAAGGUUCGUCACUUGUGGUUGAACCACUUGCACUGUUUAUUUGUAACAAGUUGCGAGAUUAUAUCAUUGUUUAUUUAUAAUUAUAUCAUGGUAUUCUAU